GCAAACCAUAGUAAGCGAGUCAAUGCCAAAGAGCCUUAAAGGGUUCAGACAAGCUAAAAGGUUCAAGAAAGCACAUUGAGAAGUGAAUGAAUAUGUUGAAAUUUCUCAUAAGAUUCCAUUUACAAGAUUAAAGCUCCAGUUCCCUGACUUAAAUGAAGAGAGCUUACAAACCCUCCUUGAAGAGUGUGAUAAUGACAUGAUGAAAGCCAUUAAUAGCCUGAAUAAAGGGAAGAGUUCGUCAUUUAACUGUAAUCCAUUCCACAAAAAUCAAGAGCAUUCCUCAAACUUUGAUCCCUCUGGCAACUUUGAAGUCAAGAGAAAGAGAAGGUUUAACGAGAUCAGUGUUGACUCUACUUUUGCGAGUCAAGCUCCUAGUCAGGUUGGUAAUAUAGGUCAAAAGAUACCUUUUACUGAAAAUAGUAAAUAAAAUCGAGCAAAUUAUUGAAGAUUUCUCAUCAGGCCUACUCUUCAAGUUAAAGAGUAGCUGGGAUGAAGAAAAUGCUCUAAGCUUGAUCAAGAAUAGCUUGAGUAACUUUGCUGAUCAGAUUAAUACUUCAACAUCCUCAUCUUUCCAUAAAGCUAAGAGUACAGAGGGGAAAGAUUUUGAGGAGAAAAGAAAGAUUAUCUCAGACACAAUAAAGAAGCUUAUGAAAGACAAUGUCGCUCUGAAGAAAGGCAUCAGGAUUUUAUGCAAAAUGAAUGAAGAAAAUGACCAUAAAACCUCUCAGUUUGAUAAUCUAGCAAGAGAGUAUCAGAGAUUGAAAGAAGAGAACCAGAAGCUAGAGAGAGGGCUUAACUUCUACAAGUAUGCCAAUGGCGGUCCUCAAGGAUGCAAUGAUGGAGUCUUUAGUAAUUCUAAUAAUUACGGGAACAACGGAGGGUCAGGAGCUUAUUAAUUAGCCAAUCUUGCUCUUAUUUUAGAGCAACU